AUGCUGCACUGCUCGCCAUUGCUGCUGCUGCUGCUGCUGCUGCUGCUGCAGUUCGCGGGGCCUCCCCCCAGACGAAGUGACUCUGACUCUGCAGCUCUACGGGCCAGUCGUCAGGCGAGAGCCAGACCUAGACAAAGUGAGCACUAUCAGCAGCAGCAGCAGCAGCAGCAGCAGCUGCUACAACAGCAGCGGCAGCUGCUGCAGCAGGAGCAGAAGCUGCAACAGCAGCAUCUGCUGCUUCUGCAGAGGCAGAAGCAGCAACAGCAGCAGCUGUUGCUGCUUCUUGCAACAGCAGCAUCUGCUGCUUCUGCAGAGGCAGAAGCAGCAACAGCAGCAGCUGCUGAUGCUCCAUCUGCACUAGUUGCAGCAGCAACUGCAUCAGCCGUUGAAGCCUGGGAAGUGCUGGCGCAGAUGAAAACACUCGGCGUACAUCCCACCCUCGUCAGAUUCAAUCAGCGGCUGCUGCUGUCCCUCAGCGAGCUGCACCGCCUCUCUGCGUGGCCGUGGGAAAUGGACUUAAGAAAAAUGCUGAGGGCUGCGUGGCUGGCAGCAGCUCUUUGCAGAAACAGAAGACAGCGGCAAAUUCAAAGACACAACCAGCUGCUGCUGCAGCAGGGCGUAGACAGCAGCGCCUUGCUGUCUAUGCAAGACCUCAGGGCCCUCUGGGUUGGAGCUACAGUGGAUCCGCUGCUGCCAGCAGCAGCUCGGCUCGUGCUGCUGGAGGAGCAGCAGCAGGGGAGGCCAGACGCGGAAGCAGCAGCAACUGCUGCUGCUGCUGCUGACCCCGCUGCUGCUGCGCAGCCAGUAGCACUGGCAGCAACAGCAGCAUAUGUUGCUGCAUCGCUUUCAGACAGCACUUUGUUUGCACCCCAGCUAAGGUCUGGGCGAGAGGGGCCGGGCUUCCUGGCCCUCUCCGGCUGCAGCGGCAGAGACACAAAGACACCCUGGAUGCAGCUGCUGGCGGGAGAACUCAGCAGCAGUGUGGGGCCCCACACCUCGACUUUGCGCAGCCCCGGCUGGGACUACUACUGCAGCACGCCGGGGGCCUCGAGGCGUGUCUUGCGGGAAGCAGCAGCAGCAGCGCGAGCAGCAGCAACUCCCGCAGCGGCAGCAGCUGCAGCAGCAGCAACAGCACGAGCUGCAGAAGCAGCACACAAGCCGAGCGAGAUGCAAAGCCCUGCUGCAGCGCCGUCGCCAGCAGCGACAGAAGAACCUCCGGCGUCCGCAAAACCAACCGCAGCAACAGCAGCAGCAGCUCCAGCAGCAGCAGCAACAGCAGCUGCAGCAGCAGCAGCAGCAGCAGAGACCAUGCCCAUGAAGG